AUGUCCGACUCUAACAAUGAUUCAAACAAGGCAGAAAAGAAGAGAGAGUACAAUCGAAACGCCCAACGUGUCUUCCGCCAAAGACGAAAAGAGCAUCUCACCAAGCUUGAGGCUGCUCAACGAGAACUGAACAGCGUCCAGGUGGAAGAGGUCGAACGUCUUCGCCGUGAGAACCAGGCUCUCGCUCAAGAAAACGAAUCUCUCAAAGCCGCCUAUGGCUCACAGGCGAGCUCACCAGGACCAUCUGUCAGCCCUGCCGAAUUGAGAGCCUCGCCCUCAGCCUAUCUCGCCUAUGGUGCUCCGUCUCAUAACUUUCUCAGUGGAGUAGGAGCUGGGCAUCCUUACGCCACAGGCCCCGUCCCUGUUACACUACCGGCGACGGUGUCGACACCUCUAUCUCAAACGAGUGCUGACCCCGGCAAUCUCGUGGUUGUCGUUCCCAACAAUAUUCGCGAGAUUCGACGCUCACUUCAUCAGAUGUUUGCCCCUCUCCUCGAGAUUCCUGUCAUCUCGAACCCACAGACACAUUUAGCCACUUUGGCUGCGCUAGAACCUACACUACCGAGUGCACUAAAGCCUACGCAACUACAACUUUCUACUCCACAUCAUGCUUAUAUAGACAUGAUCCCUUCGCCUAUCUUAAGAGACAGACUCAUAGCCAUAGGGCCCGCCAAUGCCAACACUUUCCUCACUGAGACAUGUACGAUCGCCUGUGAAAUUGAAGAUACAGGGCAGAUGACCAUCUGGGGAGAAGACUGGCUCAACGACUUCUCCUGGGAAUUUUCUGCCAGUGUAUUGGAACGAUGGGGAGGUUGGCUUCUCACCUCUGAAUGGGGCCAGAGAGCCAACUUCUGGCGACGUCAACGAGGAGUGCCGGUUUUACCAGGAUAUGAUUAA